AUGUCAUUAUCUAACGAUGAAUUCAAUUCUUCAGAAUCAGAGGAAUUCGUCAAUGAGAUUAAAUUGCAAAUAAUAUCAGAGAAACCAUCAGCAAAAACAUUUGAGGAAUUGGGGUUAAAUUCAUGGCUAGUUGAUGCAUUGAAAGCUAUGUCAAUAAAUUUUCCCUCAGAAAUACAAAAGGCUU